AUGGAAGAGCAGAACCCAGAAGCACCUGGAACUGGCAAGACAGCAAUGUCAGGCCUCCAUCCCACCCAAGCUGGGAGUAGUGCUGAAUUCUGGGUGCGAGAUAUCCAUGAUCAGCACACUGCCAUCUCAGAUGUAGAUUGCAGACGCUUCCGGCAAUUCUGCUACCGGGAGGCCGAUGGGCCCCGAGAGGUCUGCAGCCAGCUCCAUGGACUUUGCAGCCAGUGGCUGAGGCCGGAGAGGCGCACCAAGAAGGAGAUUGUGGACCUGGUGAUCCUGGAGCAGUUCCUGACUGUUCUGCCGCAGGCAAUGCAGAGCUGGGUCAGAGGAUGUGGGCCGGAGACCAGUUCCCAGGCGGUGGCCCUGGCUGAAGGUUUCCUCCUGAGUCAGGCAGAGGAGAAGAGGCAGGCAGAACAGAUGUGGGCACCAUCCGUGAAGGCAGAAGCUACAUUCCCUCAGGCGGAAGGUGCUUCCUUGGAGCAAGGGCAGAGGGCUCAGGCCAUGGAGCAUGCCCAAGAUGCCCUCUCCUGUGGUAAGGACUCCUUGUGCCAGGGUGCGAUUGGGGCACAUGGUGAAUUUGAUGGGCAGAUACUAGUUUAG